AUGUCCCGAGUGUCACAGUUGGAUGGGGCCAGCUUGGACGCGCAGUUGGCACAGGCGUUGCAGACGGAGCUCCCUGUUCCGUGUCCGUCUUUGGUCAUUGAGACAUUGGUGUUUGUGCUGGGCACGCGCCGCUGGCACCAGGAUAGUGUGGGGACGUACGGGAGCGUGCUCACGGGCGUGGGGUACAGGUGUUCGCGUUGGCGGCUAUUUGCCGCGACGGUGUUGUUGCGGCAGCUUCUGCGGCAGGUGCGGUUCGGACGCACCGAUGUGGUGUACGAGGUGCUGGAUCUCGUGCACUUGCUUGGGUUUCUAGCGUCUGGGCGCGGGGGCCCGUCGCUGCUGCACCGUGUGCUAGGGAUCUCGGCGGUGUUUGAUCCGGGCUUCGACUAUGCGGCGCUGUCUUCGUCGUCGUCAUCUUCGUCGGAGGUGCAGAUGCUCUGGAACGCGGCAGUGGAGAUGAUUGCAGGGAUGUCGUACCGGCCGAUUCGCCGGGUGCAGGCGGCAAAUGCUAGCGGUAGUAGUAGUGGUAGUAAUAAAAGUACUAGCAGUAGCUCCGGCAUUUGUCCUGCAUGCGGCGAAACCGCCACCAACGCACAGAACGCAGGCUGCUGCAGCGCAAAGUACUGCUACAUAUGCGCGCUCGAGCUCGAGCACUCGCGCUGUCUCGCAUGCAAUGCCAAGAAUAUCACGUUUGUAUGUACUGGAUAA